AUGAUGCUCCGACGAGGAUUUAUUCUGUUUCUCCCACGACUUGUAGGCCUGCUGGUGGUGGCCUGUUGCUUGGUGUCUAUUGUUUAUAUGUUGGCUUGCACACCCAAGAGUGACAGCCAGCAGCUUGCCUUGCCCAGGGUGCACAGUCCAACUGCAAAGGAGGGAUAUGAAGCCAUUCUGCAAGAGCGAGAAGAGCAACACCGCAACUACAUCAUCAGCUUGAAGAAACAAAUUGCCCAGCUGAAGGCUGAACUCCAGGGCAGGAGUGAGCAGCUUAAGAAUGUGCAGGAUCAGUACCCAGACCCCUUGGACAUUCAGCUUGACCACAGUAACCCAGAGAAGGCCCAGGCUAACCUGCUGGCUUUCCUCCAUUCCCAAAUAGACAAAGCAGAGGUGCACAGUGGCAUUAAGCUGUCCACAGAGUAUGCAGCUGUGCCCUUUGAGAGCUUUACCCUGCAGAAGGUGUACCAACUGGAGACAGGGCUGACGCGCCACCCAGAAGAGAAACCUGUAAGGAAGGAUAAGCGAGAUGAGUUGAUAGAGGUGAUCGAGUUAGCUGUUGGGAGUUUGAACAAUCCAGAGGGGGAAGGCAAUGCAAAACACCGUGUAUACACAGCCUCCGACUUCGUUGAAGGGAUCUACCGCACAGAAAAAGACAAAGGCACAUUGUAUGAGCUGACUUUCAAAGGAGAUGCAAAACAUCAGUUCAAGAAGAUUGUUUUAUUCCGGCCAUUUGGUCCUGUAAUGAAAGUGAAAAAUGAAAAUGUCAAUAUGGCUGACACACUUAUUAACGUCAUUGUGCCAUUGGCCAAGAGAGCCAGCAAAUUUCGGCAAUUCAUGCAGAAUUUCAGGGAAAUGGGCAUUCAGCAGGAUGGGAGAAUUCACCUCACUGUAGUUUACUUUGGAAAAGAACAAAUGAAUGAAGUCAAAUCGAUACUUGAAAAUACCUCCAAGUCAGCCAACUUCAAGAACUUCACCUUCAUCCAGUUGAAUGAAGAAUUUUCCAGGGGCAAAGGAUUAGACGUUGGUGCUCGAUUUUGGAAAGGAAACAAUGUUGUUCUCUUUUUUUGCGAUGUGGACAUAUACUUCACAGCUGAAUUCCUGAACUCCUGUAGAUUAAACACACAGCCAGGGAAAAAGGUGUUUUAUCCUGUUCUCUUCAGCCAGUAUAACCCCAGUAUAAUUUAUGGCCACCAUGAUUCCAUCCCACCUUUAGAACAGCAGCUGAUUAUUAAAAAAGAAACUGGAUUUUGGAGAGACUUUGGUUUUGGGAUGACUUGCCAGUACAGAUCUGAUUUUAUCAACAUAGGUGGCUUUGAUCUGGACAUUAAAGGCUGGGGUGGUGAAGAUGUACAUCUGUACCGCAAAUACCUUCACAGCAACCUCAUUGUGAUCCGAACGCCUGUCAGGGGUCUCUUCCAUCUGUGGCAUGAAAAGCAAUGUCUGGACGAGUUAACCCCAGAGCAGUACAAAAUGUGUAUGCAGUCCAAGGCCAUGAACGAGGCAUCUCACGGCCAGCUUGGGAUGCUUGUUUUCAAGCAAGAGAUUGAGACACACCUGCAUAGGCAGAAACUGAGCAGUAAGAAGACAUGA